GAAGGGGUGAGCCAAGAAAGACGGAGCAUUUGAGGCUUUUCUUUGCAUUGGAGUUAACUUAUUGCGAGGGUUGAGUUUACAGAGUUACGGGGGUGUCGUAUUCCUUCGAUUAUAACUCUUGACAGCUAAAAGAAAGAGAAGGCACUUGGCGCAUUCACAAUUUCGCUCGAUUUCUACGACGCCAUUUCAACCCAACAAUAAGCGUUUUAAACGUAAGCACAAUCAAAAUUCACUAGACCACCCUGCAAAAAUUCAAACUUCUCGUUCAAAGGAUAACGAAACAGGUUGCACGAAAGAAAUCUUGUUCGGGAUUGCAAACUUCUCCUGUAACACACGGGCUGAAAUUGUCUUUGUAUGUUUUAGCAUUUAUUGCAGUUGAUAGAAGUUUUUCUUGCACGUAAUGAAGACCAGGAAAGUAGCAGGCUUAAGUUAUUUGGGAGGGAACACCGUGGUUGCCUUCCCUGGCCACGGUCCUUAUUCUUAUCAGGAGCAGCACUGGAAUACGGAUUGUUCGCCGCUUCCGAUGAAUUCAUCUCCUAUGAAAGAGUUGAAUAACCAGGGGUUUGCUCUUGCUAGCAUGGAUGUUCCGGUUUCGACCGCCUUCUGCACAGGGCUUUACUACUCUUCGCAGCAGGAACCCCAACACUUUGGCAGGUUCCCUUCUAUGACUCAGAUGCCAAAGGCUUUGCAUCAAUUUUCACAAUUCUCGACGAAUAAUAAUGAACAGAGCCCAGGAACAGUGGAUCAAUUGCAUGACAUGUUGGGCUUAAAUGACGAAGUGCCUCUGCCAGAAUGCAGCAGCCAAAGCCAAAGGCAUCAUCAUAAUAAUAAUAAUAAUAAUCAUGGUGGUCAUCUCAGUGAAGAGGGUAGUGGAAUUGGUGAUGGACACUAUUAUGCAAUGCAUACCGGGUGGCAGCAUCAGCCAUGGCAGCCGACUUUUUCUCCAGCUGACGAUACUUUGGGCACUGGCUGGAAUGAUCCUGUAAAUACUGACAACACUUCAAGCCCUGCUUUUAAUGUUGCUCAUCAGGCAUCAAAGGAAUUCCCACUAGGAUUGUUGCCCCAGCAACCGCUGCUAGGUCAGCAGAAUGUGGGCCCUGUAGGAGGCAACCAAUCUCAACCUGCAGAGGGCAAUAAGAAAAGGAUGAAGUGGACUCCAGAACUCCAUGAGCGUUUUGUAGAAGCUGUCAAUCGACUUGGGGGUGCUGAUAGAGCUACGCCAAAGGGCGUUUUGAAAUUUAUGGAUUUAGACAGUUUGACAAUUUAUCACGUGAAAAGCCAUCUGCAGAAAUAUCGGUUUGCCAAAUUUGUUCCAAACUAUGGAGAAGGGAAGGCAGACAAAAGGAGAAAUUCCCUUGAAGCUUCAUCAUUGGACUCAAAAACGGGUGAGCAAAUUACAGAAGCAUUGCUUAUACAGUUGGAUGUUCAGAAGAAGUUACAUGAACAGCUCGAGAGCCAAAGGAAUUUGCAAUUACAGAUGGAAAAGUUGCUACAAGAGAUGCAAGAAAAAUCAAGUGGCCUACUGAAGGGCAAGAUCCCCUCUGCUCAUGAUUGUGAAAGCCCAUCAGUUCAGCUUUCAAUUGAUCCCAUUUCUACUGUUACAAAUAAUUCUGAUGUUUCGGCUUCACAUCUGGAGAUAACAGCAAAAGCUAGUGAUGAGCGCUUCACAUCUCAUUGUUCAGUCAGAAAUAAUUCAAUGUAGAACACAUGAGGGAAACAAUGAGGAAAAUUUUAAUAUUCGAAGCUCUGCCAGAGAUUCCUAAGAAAUGAACUUCAGAGGAAAAAAGUCAAUCAGCAUACAUAUGAAAUGGAUUACAUGAAAUGCUGAUUUGAAAUCUUUGAUGAAGACAAUCAGCAGUAGUCACAUUUACAAUUUGAAGUCCUAUGUGUUUUAAGUCUUGACAAAUAAACGUAGGCCAUUUCUUUUAAUGGCUGCAGUAAUGCAUUGGGAAAGGUUUGAUCUGAAUUACUUAUUAUAGUAAGUUCACUGAUUGUGGAUUGCUCUGACCACUAUAGUGAUCUCAAUUUUAAGACAUUUUGCAAGCAUCUAAAGAAGAAGCAAUCUAUGGCAUUCGGGAAAAAGAAAAAUAUUCAAAGUGGCUUGGAACCUUUUCUAGCAUAAUUUUGAGUUUUCGCUGUUUAA